UCUAACGCGUAAGCUCUCUUGAUUCUCUUCAGUUCUGAUUUCCUCUGUUCUUGAACUGAAAGUGAAUUUAACGAUCUAUCUCCGGGAACAACUUUUGUAAUGGUAACUGUAAAAAGAAAAGGAAGCAAAGUCAAAGAAACUGACAGACCACUUUAAUAAGUGGACAAAAUAGGUAAGUUUCUAAAGAAACUGUGGCGCUGCGUUGGUGGGAGAGUAUAACAAGCCAAUUUGUUAUUAUAAACUGAGUUGAUACCGUAAAUUGGCUAUGAAACUCUAAACGGUGGCCAAUUUACGUUAUCAACUCAGCUGAUAAUACCAAAUUCACUGACAUAAGUAAUUGAAAAAUUAGCGUAAUCUGUUUCUACCUUACUAAGCCUUCUACACAUGACAAAAGUACGAAGGUUUUUUUUUUUACUUUCCUAUCCCUUAAAAACAACUUUAAAGCCAAUAAAACCAAAUUUUGAUGGUGCAUGUAGUGCGCAAGAGUUUACCACACCUCUAAGCGUUUAAAAUCAUGGAUGUGAACUGGUCACGAAGAUGGCUACAAACAACGAUCUCCAUGAUUAUUAAGACAACUAAUGUAUUAUGCAUUUUUAAAGUCAUUUACGGAAUUGGAAGGAAGCUUUCUAAAUUGUUGAUGAAUUUUCGAAGUCCAAACAACAUUCUUUAUUUGGAAAUCGACAUAAUUGCUUGAAUAAAAAGAACACCAUCAUCAACAUUAACCAUUCUAAUUUACAAAACCUAUAGACGAUGAGGACCAUACAAGUACUCGUACUUCACACUGUGCUUCUGAACGUUAACGUUUAAAUUUGUAGGGAAUAACAACUUUAAGGUAUCUUUACACACAAAUCCUAAUGGACGAUAAAAAUAACACCUUAAAGAUGUGAAUCUUUAUCGCCCAUCAGGCUUCUGCUGUAUUUCAGAUGACUGCCACAUGAAAACCGCGUCAUUGACCAAGCUAAUCAAUUUUAAUGAGGCGCCCAGCCAGGACAAGAAAAUUCUUUGCCCAAAAUAUUCAUAUUGACUUGAAUAAAUUAUAUUAAUUCUACACGGCAUACAUCUGCAUUGAAAAUAAAUACAUAAGAGAACGAAUAUUUUAAGUACUAAGCGAACUUUAUCGCAAAUGUUCAUCACCUGAAUCAAUUUCAUGGUCUAAUAUUAAUUCUUCCCGUCUUCCCCACUCAAAUUGACGAAUCUGUUCCCUUAAUCACUAAAAAGGGUCCAUAAACUACAAGCUGCAAACCUUAUUUUAAUUCCUGGCUAAGCCUAUCUACUCUUUGCAUAUGUUAAAAAAGGAAAAAAAAAUAAAGUAAAAAAUUUCAGAGUCAAUCGGUUGGCCACACAUCGUCUUUUAUUAUCGGAAAGUUACAUUGUCUCUGCCUUUUCAACAAAAACAAAUCUUUCUCGUGGACUGAAAGUUCCUUAAAACCCGAUAAAUGUAAAUGUUAACAGUAAACAUAACAUAUUCCACCUGUCGUGUGUUUACGUGUGCAAUGAAUAAUUCAUAUUUGCACAUUUCUAGACAAAGGCCUUAUGUUGCAGGGAAAAAUAUCAUUGGUCGAGAUCUCUCCAACGCUCAACCUGUGUUUUGUCUUCACAGCAGUAACUUUUCGUUUUCCUUAGCAACAAAUUGUUUAAAUGCCUCAGUCAUUUAGCAUGCCCUAGCUGUUUUGAAUAAGUGAUUCAGGAUUUCACAUGCGGUGAGUCACUCGAGAAACGAAAAUUUAUUUCUCUUCCGAAUGAUUCUUAGCAUAAGGACUAGCUUAUUUGGAAUGGGUAACAGCAUUAACAACUUAUCAUUAUAAGGUGCCUUUACCAAGGAUCUAUGAAGCAUCAGUUAUAUUAAGAACGCAGACAGAAUAACAAAGAACAAGGCAACUCAGUCUCAGCAGCUAUGUCAACAAAGUAUCCAGUUCAGGUGGACUGCAUAAGACAAGUGCCACCCACGGCGCUCGAAACGGUCGAAGAAAUCCCGGCGGUUGAGCCUGUACAUCCAGAAAAAACAGCAGAUAGUAGUGAUGAUGAAUAUGACACAGACUUAGAAAACGAUUUCAUAGAGGAAGAUCCUCAGGAAAAUAACCAAGGAAGGGAAAAUUAUCUGACAGCCUGUAAAAAUCUUGGCCUGAUCCCUUGCACUCCGUUUCUCAAGCAAAUCGGUAAGGCAGAGAUGAAUCUGAAGCAUUACAAUCUUGGGUCGCUUGGAGCCGAAGCAGUGGCGGUAGCGCUGAUGCAAAAUACAAAAGUGCUGUCGGUGAAUAUUGCUGAUAAUUGCAUCGGUGCAGACGGGGCUAUCUACAUGGCCAAGAUGCUAACCGAGAACCCGUAUAUUACAGAACUGGACGUCUCGCAGAAUGAUCUGCGCACGCAAGGGGCGUAUGCUAUGUCAGAAAUGCUAAGAGAGAACUCCGAACUCCUUGAGCUUAACCUCUCGAAUAACGGUUUCCAGGAAAAAGAUGCUGAACCUAUAGUGGAAGCUAUGAAGCAGAAUUACACUCUGAAAUCAUUGAAUCUGAGUCAUAAUCGCUUCUGUGAAAUGGGUGGACGACUGCUAGGCCCAGCAAUUGACGCCAAUGUUGGUCUAGAGUAUCUCGAUUUGAGUUGGAAUCACUUCAGAAGGCAAGGAGCGAUUGCCGUUGCUUAUGGAUUGAGAAACAACUGCGCUUUAAAAUUUCUGGACUUGUCAUGGAAUGGCUUCGCAGACGACGGCGCAAAAGCAAUCGGCGAAGCACUGAGCGAGAACAACACUCUGACUGAGCUUGAUAUUUCUAGUAACCGGAUAUCUGUCGCUGGAGCAAAGAGUCUGGCAAACGGGCUGGCUAAAAAUUCAACCUUGCAGAUCUUACGCAUCGGACAGAACCCGUUCCAGAGUGAGGGUGCUUAUGAGAUCUUGAGCGCCGUUGCGAAAAAUAAAGAGAGCGCCAUUGAAGAAUUGUACUUCGACGACAUUCCUAUGAAUGCCGAGUUUGAGGACUUACUGGAGGAAGUGUUGGAUGAGAGACCGAAUCUGAGUGUUCAGUGUGGAACGGCCAUGAAAGGGAAGGACAGGGUUAAGAGAAUGAAGAAAAAAGUGGACGUUCUUAAUUUGCUCUUGGAGUACAUCGAGCUCAGAGGUCUUCGGGUGGUAGACUUUUUCCGCCAGUUAGACAAGGACAACAGUAAAAAGAUCUCUAGAGCAGAAUUCAUGAACGGAGUAAAGAAAGCUGGAAUACCAAUGACUAGAAAGCAGCUGAAGAAGCUCGUUCGAAUUCUAGAUACAGACAAUGAUGGGAAUAUAGACUACGGAGAAAUGAUCGCCAUUAAAAAGGACGAAGUGUUUGACUUCUACCAUAAAAAGAAGACUUACAAGAAAGACGAUCCACUAUUACAGUCCUUUAAAGCCGCCCAACUAAAGAAGCCCUAAACAAACGGAGGCUGUUAUAGUACAAAGCAGCAACUUUUAUGCCUGAUUGGUUGAGAUGGUGGGGCGAGAUAUCUGGACCAAUUACAGAGCAAAGUAAAGCAAACCCGGUGCAAUCACUGAUUUCUUGCGACACUCAGUUGAAAAUUGCCCAAUUUCGAAAAGUUACUUGGCAAACGUACGCACCUACCUACACCUGGUGCUAAAAGUAAACUCUCAAAAGGCAACGGAAUGUACAGGGUAACCAAAUUUUCAAUUUUUCACUAACACUGGCUGCCUGGCAUUUUUAACUCUUAGGUUAUUUUGGGCAGCCAGCACCCCUAUCAUUGUCUGUACUAUUAUUAUAAAUUUUUAUUUCUUGUAUAUUUUGGGGUGAAAAAAAUAAAGUUGUUGUUGUUGUU